AUGCACAAUCUCAGGAUUGCCACCCUCGGCCUUGUAGCUAGCGCGGCAAUACCUGCCAUGGCUUGGCCCCCCGUCCACGAGCGAUCCGAAUCUGCCGUUGACCAUGGUACUCUCCAGAACACGAAAAGCUUCUACUACGAGCUGUCCUUUGAUGGUAACACAUGGGAAGAGAUUGUCAAGAACGAGGCACCGGCGUCGACCGACCUCGGACCGGUGGCCCGGCAAGGCAUCUGCUCAGCCAUGACAGGCUUCGCCCAGAUCCUCUGCGCCAACAUACCGACCCGGGAGGCGUGGUGGGCGGCCGGCGGCGCCAUGGCCAUCUGGUACGCCACCGACGUCCUGGUCAAGUGGACCGAUGCCAUCGCCCACGUCAUCGUCACGGCUCGCAGCCUGCAGGAGAUGAAGUCGGCGCAGAACCUGGGCGUUAGGAGCCUUGCCUCCGUGCUAGCUAAGAUGGACCUGGGUAGCCUCGAUGCGCGAUCCGCCAGCGACGACGAGGAUGCCGAGAUGGCCCUGCUGAACGACUACAUCUACGAGGACUCGACUGGCAUCAUCCACUACCAAGGGACCAAGCCACAUUGA